GGUGACAGCGGACUCCAAAAUGGCGGCCGCGUUUCUCACUCACCAACAGAAAGUUCUGCGGCUUUAUAAGAAAUCCCUGCGGCACCUGGAGUCCUGGUGCAUCUUCAGGGAUAAGUACCGGUUCUACGCAUGUCUGCUGCGCGCUCGCUUUGAUGAGAACAAAAAUGAGAAGGAUUUGGUUAAAGCAACAAUGUUGCUGAAGGCUGGCGAGGAGGAGUUCUGGGCCAAUCAGCAUCCUCAGCCUUAUCUGUUCCCCGACUCACCUGGAGGCACCUCCUACGAGAGAUACGAGUGCUAUAAGGUGCCGGAGUGGGUGUUGGAGCACUGGCACCCCUCUGAGAAGGCCAUGUACCCUGAUUAUUUCUCCAAACGGGAGCAGUGGAAGCAGCUGCGCCUCCAGAGCUGGGACAGAGAAGUGGCUCAGUUGGAGGCAGAGACUCCGGCUAAUGGACCUAGGACCGAGGCUCUUCCUCCGGCUCGAAAAGAGGGAGACCUGCCCCCCCUGUGGUGGCAGUUUGUGACCCGCCCCCGUGAGCGGCCCACAUAAGCAUAGCUCCCCCUGCACGUUAACUCUUGAGACCACAGUGACAGAAAACCUGUGAUAGAAGGCUGUAUAUGGGGUCCGUGUUAAAAAGUCACAUUGUGACUUUGUGGAUCAAUGUAAAAUUAUACAUUUAAAUGUUUCAAUAAAGAAUAUAUUAUAAUGAAAAA